GGCUGUGUUAGCUCCGUGCGUCUUUAGUGUCUGUGUGAGUGCUUUAGCGGAGCCUUAAAGCGGACAGAGCACACUGAAACAUGGCACAAGUGAAGCUGAAGGAGGAGCCGGAGCUGUGGGAGCCAAAGGAGCCGGACAACAGUGUGGUCCGUGAGCUCAAAGAGGACCCAGACUGUAGAGGUGACCAAAGCGCAGCUGAGGGUCCAAGUCUGGUCCAGAUGAAAGAGGAACAAGAGGAAGAGGAAGUCCACCAGCAGUGGAUCCAAGCGUUCCCAGUGAUUGUCUCUGUGAGGAGUGAGAAAGAGGAGUGGUUAGUGAAAGAGGAGAGCAGAGAGAACAGUGACACAGCAGUAGGAGCAGCUUUCACAUGUACAGUUUGUGCAAAGGUUUUCAGACAAAAGAAUUAUCUACAACUGCACAUGAAGGCUCACAGCACAAAGAGACCAUACAGGUGUCCAGUUUGUACCAAGGACUUCACUCAGAAGUGUUAUCUGCAUCUUCACCUGAAGACUCACAGAGGACAAAGACUGAACAGGACCAAACACUCUGACUCACAGAGAGAACAACAGUUUUCCUCUGACACAGACAACUCUGAAGACUGGACACCUGAAAGUCCCACUGCACAAACACACUCUGAGCCCAGUGAACAGCUGCAGGAGCCAGCUCACAGGAACAAUGACAGAGAAGCAGGAGGCCCAGCCAAAGCUUACAAAUGCUCUGAGUGUGGGAAGGAGUUUCAGAGCACAGGCAUGUUUAAAAGACACAUGAGGGGGCAUGAGGCAGAGAGACCAUUCAGUUGCUCAGUUUGUGCAAAGAAUUUCACACAAAAUUGUUAUUUACAACUGCACAUGCGGACUCACAAAACAAAGAAUUUAAACAGAAAGUCUUAUGUGCAACUAAACAUGAGGACUCACAAACAAGAUCAACCAUUCAGGUGUAUAGUUUGUGCAAAGAAUUUCACACGCAACUGUAAUCUACAACUGCACAUGAGGACUCACAAAAUGGAUAGGCCAUUCAGGUGUUCAGUUUGUACCAAGGACUUCACUCAGAAGUGUUAUCUGCAUCUUCACCUGAAGACUCACAAAGGACAGACACUGAACAGGACCAAACAGGAGGACCAGGGCAAAGGCCAAAAUGCUCUAAAAAGACAGAGCUCUGUCGUACAUGAAGUCCAGAAAGAAGAGAGCAGAGAGGAGAGUGAGCAAGGGGAGAGUGAGCGAGGGGAGAGUGACACUGAGGAGAGUGACACUGCAUCUUCAGAGGAAGAUUCAGAUAAAUCCUCUGACUCUGGAGACUGGAGUCCUGCAGUUCAGAGACACUCCUCACAUAGACGCUCUAAAGUGGGGUCUGGGACAGACAAGAGACCCCUGAAGUGCUCUCACUGUGGAAAGGGCUUUCCCACCAUCAAAAGAGUGAGGAGGCAUGAGCUCAACCACCUGGAGGACAAACCCUUCAAAUGUUCAUUUUGUACUAAGAGUUUUCUAUCCAUCACUCGCCAACUCGAACACACCAGGACCCACACAGGAGAGAAGCCCUUCAAAUGCUCCAUCUGUGCAAAGCACUUUUCAACAGAGAAACUACAAAGACUGCACAUGAGGAUUCACACAGGAGAGAGACCUUACAGCUGUUCCAUUUGUUCAAGGACCUACACACAAGCUCAGAGUCUAAAGAUGCACCUACUCACACACAAAGAAGAGAAACCAUUCAAAUGUACAGUUUGUGAAAAGGCUUUCACCGAAAAGAAAACACUAAAACUGCACAUGAGGAUCCACACAGGAGAGAGACCUUACAGCUGUCCAGUUUGUGCUAAGACCUUUACCUUAAAUGGUCAACUCACAAGACACAAGCUGAGAGUCCACUCAGGAGAGCGACCGUUCAAAUGUACAGUUUGUGCCAAAGAUUUUAAAGAAAAGAAAGCUCUAAAAACUCACAUGAGGAUUCACACAGGAGAAACACCUUAUAGGUGUCCAGUUUGUGGUAAAGGUUUUAAACAAAACUACAUUAAACAACAUAUGAUAACCCACACAGGGGAGAGACCUUACAGCUGUUCUGUCUGUUCUAAGAGGUAUGCAGACAAGAACAAACUAAGGAAACACAUGAAGACCCACUCGGGAUUAAAGUGUCCGAUUUGUGAAAAGGGAUUUGCUGAAAAGAAAUCCAUGGAAUACCACAUGAACAUCCGUCACACAGGAGAGCGGCCAUUCCACUGCACAGUUUGUGACAAGGACUUUGUGGCUGAGGGCUGGUUUAACACACACAUGCGGAUUCACACCGGAGAGAAACCUUUCAGCUGUUCAGUUUGUACCAAGACAUUUAGAACAAAGUGUAAAGUAAAGAGACACAUGAAAAUCCAUACAGGAGAUGCACCAUUCAGCUGUUCAAUCUGUUUUAAGGAAUUUCAGUCAGAGCACGGUCUGAAUGUUCACAAGAGCAAUCACGCGGCAGAUAAACCCUUCGAAUGUGGGAUUUGUGCUCAGAGCUUCUCCUCAAAGAGCGCUCUGAUCAUUCACCACAAAGUCCACAAAGGAGACCGGCUCUUCAGCUGUUCAGUCCAGUUAUACAAAAUGGAGUCUUGAACCAUGAGUGAGGAACAAGAUUCAGUUUGAACUGUUAACAGAGGGGCCGGACCGAUGCAGGCACUGGUGUAACAAACACCAAAGAGAUCGGCCAGCCGAACAUAUCACUGCUUUAUAAUAGUGAUUAUUCCCAUCCAAAGUGAUAGUGUUGGAAAAUUACUGAAUACACGUAUGCGUAUUUUGAAUAGUGAUUUUGAGUAACUGUAUUCAGGUACAGUUUCUCUUUAAUUAGUGGCAUUCAGAAUACAGUUACUUUAAUCAAACCCUGCAGUAUUCAAAAUAUUCAGAAUAAGGUGCUUUGAUCGGACCAUAUAUCAGAAUACAGUGGAUCGUCGCUAUAUCGCAGUUCAUCGUUUGCGGUCUUGCUGUUUUGCAGAAUUUUUUAGUGCAAUUUUGCAUGCUUUUUUUACAGUGUAUGAACGGGCAUUGUGUUCUGCGUCCUGAUUGGCUAAGGGACUGUAGACCAUUGUCCAUCAGUCUCCUCUGUGCCGUGUCUCCUGUACAAUACAGAAUGUGUUCAGACAAAUUUACAUAAAUGUUGGAUCACAGUGUGACUCUGAAGUGCUGUAUGUUUGCAAGUUUUCUCCCUGACAAAACCCACAAUGUUGAUGAAACGUUCUGCACCAUCAAAUUUCAGAAACACUUUGAAUUUAAGUGUUUCUCUACACGGAGAGGCGCCUCUGCGGAUACCGCUGGAGCAGAAACACGUGAACAACAAAUUUAAAGUGUAUCAAAAUCUGUAUUGGUGAGAUGUGACCAUGGUCAGUGAGAAUGGGACAAGAUCUCACGAGACAAAAUAGCCACCAAAUGGAGCACGUUUUUCUUUUAAUGUUUGGUCUGGAUCAUGAAGUGCUGACUACAUUUCUCAAGAAGCUGUGGUUCUAAAAAGCAGUGCUACAGUGACAACAAAGAUUUUAAAUCUGACUUAUUCUGCAAACUGGAUUUUUCAGAUUUUUUAACCAUGUUCUGUUAAUUUCUUCUUAUUGAGUCUCUGAAGUUGUAUUUGAAGUGACUCAUGGUUGAGUAAUCUUUAAUCACUUCAUUCACUCCAAUUUGCUGAUCUAUCCCAGUUUUCUCCUGCAUCGGUACAUGGCCAGUGUGACGUACACGCCCACUGUGAUGUACACGCCCACUGUGACGUACGCACUUCCUUUUCCAGUUUUAUUUUCUUAAUCAGUGAUUCAGCAGUCAUUUUGUUACAAAUGAAAAAAAUUUGCAGCUCACUAGUGUGUUGUGCAGCUAUCCAUAGCAGCUCCCUUUGGACACCGUGGUUUUCUAACACAGAAGUCAGCGGACUUGUUUCUUUUAUUAAGUAGCUUUAGGUGAAUACAGUGGUCCCUUGCUACAUCACGGUUCAUCUUUCGCUCUAGUGCAAUUUUGCAUGCUUUUUUUUUUUUACAGUGUAUGAACGUGCAUUGUGUUCUGUGUCCUGAUUGGCUAAGGGACUGUAGACCAUUGUCCAUCAGUCUCCUCCGUGCCGUGUCUCCUGUACAGUACAGAAUGUGUUCAGACAAAUUUACAUAAAUGCUGGAUUACAGUGUGACUCUGAAGUGCUGUAUGUUUGCAAGUUUUCUCCCUGACAAAACCCACAAUGUCGAUGAAGUAUUUUGCACAGACCAAGACACCUACCAAGGUCUGAACUUUGAGAGUGGUUAAACAAGAGAGAAAUGUGAGAAAAUGUCAAUGCCUGUCUGAGAAAAGUAUGAAAAGUAUGUGGUGCGGGGUUUUACAGCGUUAAAGCAUAUAUAAUAAUUGUAAAAAAUAAAGCUGACUACUAUUUUCCCUAUUGCAGGUUAUUUUUUAGAACAUAACCCCCAUGAUAAACGAGGGACCACUGUAUUGUGAUUUAAAAUGUGCAAAAUAUAACAUAAUGAUCCACAGGUGUCAGAGAUUAUGACUAUAGACCAGACACAAUGACUUAAUUUAAAGAACCCAUUUUCUGAAUCGAAAUUGGUGAGGACAAAAUUAUGAACCGCACAAUUUAUUACAAAGUCAACAUCUCAUGUUUUUCUCAUGGCAAAGAUGUCGUCCCAACACUAAUAGUCAGUUGUGUCCUCAUUGUUCAUAUGAAUUUUUGUGUUUAGACCAUAGACUGUACAACAGACGUGAACUGAGCAUUCGGCUCCAGUCAAAUGAAGCUCAUCAAAGCUAGCAAUUAUAACGGCCAAUUUGGAGCUAAAUCCCAUUUUUGGAAUUUUGACCGUGAGUAUCAUAGCAACCAAAGAGCCAAUCCAUAGUGAGGCUGUUGAAAGUAACGCUCCCUCCUGUCUGCAUCACUGGUUUGACAGGGAGCGGGCACUUGGCAACACUGUCAAUCAAACCUGUUACAAAAUUUUUGUGGAAGUGACCUUGGGGAAAGAAGGCACCCCAUUUGUCUGUUAUUAAUGUUCAUAUUGAUUUAGGGACAAAAUUGUAAAAUAAUAAGCCCAGGAUCAUGUAAAGAGGGUUAAAACCAACAUUUUAAGGUCAGAACGACGAGCCUGACAGCAGCGGUUACAGAGAGAAGGACUACACUUUUUCAAUUGAAGAGUCAAUAGAGCUGGAAGCACGCCCGUGCUCACUUCCUGGUCCUCUCGGCCUCCUCACUUCCUCGUAUACUUUUGCCACUCAUUGCCAAAAUUCUGUAUGUUGUGAUGUCAUCUGCAUAGCCUCCAAUGAUGUCACGUGAACACAAACUAUCGUGACGUACCCAGUCACUCUUCACUUUGGGGUUUGGUUUAACCCUGUCCCCUUUUCCUCCUCACAGGACUGGACGCAUCACUGUCCAUCACUGAAACCUGUUUUCCCACACUGCCUCUUUAAAUCUUGCUGCGGAUUCAUUUUUCUGAACUGAUUCUGGUCUGCUUUUAAGCAGUUCCAAAGCAGUGCAAAGAUUACAACAAAAGUAUAAAAUAAGUAAUUGAAUCACACAAUUUGACUUGUUAAAAUCUGGCAUUGUCUCGUUCUCAUGCACCCGAUCUUGUGUUUUGUUUUGUCGAAAUGUUCUCAUCCCCUCCCUGUAUGACUCGAGCUUCACAGUUCCGCCCACUUCCGAGUCUGAUCUGGUUCCAAAAUUUUUCGUAAAUUUUUCCCACAGACUUUUGGAAAAAAUUGAUUAUUAAGAGUUCAAAGGCAUUGCGGAGGCUAACCGACACCAGCUACAUGCUAACUAACAGUUAUAAUGGUUGUUUUAAGUCCAAAAACACAACAUGUAAAGUGUCACGAAAACAUUUGAAGUAAAAUUCUACGUCUAGAGGUGAUCAGCCCUAAGCCUUCAAACCUUUUCUUUUCGGAAAGUCUAUUGGAAAAAUGAAAGAGAAACAUACUUCUGGGACUGGGGGCGGUCAGUGUUGAGCUCCAUAGAAACAGAUCAGACAGAGAGAUUUUGUGGCCGUUUGCUACUUUGCUUUUGUAAUGUCGAUAUUAAGACCUAUUUAUUUAAGCAAUCGUAAGAAACGUGCUGAGCCUUGCCCUGUCUGUAAAUGCCUUUUGUUGAGAUUCAAGAAUCCAUAAAAAACUGAACUACACAAAUAUCUUUUUGCUGUCAAAUAAAAGAUUACACCUC